UGAGAGUGAACCAAUGCAGUCAUAAAAGUUUUGCUCCUGCAAAUAUUAGAAAUAUCAGUGGACUUUAAGAGUUACAUAAAAUUAAAGGACACAGACAGGUGUAUGAAUAUAUCAGGAUCACUGUGGUAUAAUCAGUUUAUCUUUAGGAUAUUUCUCGAAAGUGCAGUUUGAAGGAACUUUUUUUGCAAAAGUUAUAACAUUUCAUCUUUGAAACAAAGAAAGGUUAGAAACUAGGUAUUGAACCUAAUAACAUUUUAAGGUAAAAAUAAUUGGCUGGCCUUAGACUCUUGAACUGUAAAUGACUUAUUGGCUGUUAGCCACUUAAACAUUUAACCAUGGCUACUAAUGAGGCUUUUUACACUGUCAGCCAACUAAUAUCACCAGACUCUCAGGAUAGUGAGAUUGAGGAUAAUACCCUAUCAGCUGAUCAACUUGGGGACCUGUCAACCUCAACCCACAACCUAACCAGUGAAGAUGGUAUUAGUCUGCAAUGUCAACAAGGGGCUACCCCUCCCUCAUCAGCAUUACGCCGAUCUACCCGUGCUAAAGCGCCCGCCGCAAGACGACUAAAGACACCCAAAACCCCCCAUACAACACAAUCGAAACCCAAAAGAGGACGCCCUCGCAUUGCCCAAUCUCAACCCCUCCCAUCCAAAUCUAGUGCAGCUACUUCUAAACAGAGAAAAUCAACUGAUACAUUUGAAACUGAAGUACUCUCACUUCUCAGGACACUCCGCACAUCCCUUGAUGUAACCAAUGCCUCUCUAGCUGCAGUGCAGAAGACUAACUGUGAUUUGGUCAGUCAGCUUGCAGCCAAAACUGCUGAAUGCCAAAGUCUCAAUGCUGAAUGUAGCUCCCUUAGAAAGCAACUCAACAAUAAAUCCAGUGAAACCAGAGUGACCCCCAAUCCAGCCUCUCCCUCCAAAACUCUCCUUAUUGGAUCAUCGAUCAUCCGUGAUGUUGACUCUUCUAAACUUGAUACCGAGAAUGUCCAUACAGAAUGUAUACGUGGGGGUAAAAUUUCAGAUGUUUGUGAUAAAAUAGCCAAAGCAGACUCGACUUAUGAUAACAUUAUUUUCCAAAUUGGAAGUAACGAUUGUGCCGCAAGUGACAAUGCAGAAACUAUCGUGGACAGCUAUAAACUAUUGCUAGCAGGUGGGCAUGCAAUCGCCAAAUCAAUCUCUGUUAGUAGCAUUUGUCCUCGUACAGACAAUGCCAAUGCACACACAACUGCACAAGCCGUGAAUGCUGAGCUCCAAGUUCUGUGUGAGAACAUGGAAAAUACUAACUUUGUCAACAAUGACUCUUCAUUUAUUCUCCAAGAUGGUACAGUGAAUGAAGGGUUUCUGAACCGUGAUGGACUGCAUUUAGCACCUUCAGGGACCAACCGCCUGGUUUAUAAUAUGGGUCUUACUAAAAAAGUGAAAAGUGUUACUAAGCCAUGGAAUAACCAUUUCCACAGAAACAGUCAACAGAAUUCCCAUGCCCAUAAGGACCCCGGAACACGUCCCCAACCCUCAAUUUCCCCUCCACCCAGAGUACAUAUUGCAGGAAAUAACCUUUCACUGAGACAGGGUAACAGAAAAACACCCAAUAACUCUAGACCAGCCUGCUUCAAAUGUGGCGAGGCAUCACAUUUAGCUAGUACCUGCUGGCAUCCAGGCCCCGUGCGUUGUUACUCCUGCUCCAUGUUAGGCCAUAAAACUCAUAAGUGCCCUAAUAAUGCCAAUUUUCCCUGUAGUAACAGAUUCUAGGUUCUUGGUGAAGUGCACGCCUUACCCCCAAAUGAAAUGAAUACUGAUGACACUCCCCAAAAAUCCACUCCAAAUGUGAAAAAUCACAGACAACGUAGGAGCAGAAAACAUAAAGCUAAAUCCAAAUUCAAAGUUUUGUUCAAUAAUGUUCAACGACUUGGUAUUGCCA